CUCCCCAUAAAAAGUAUAACGAAGUAUAAUUUAUAUACCUAGAGCUCUCCCCCCCUGCUCAAUUAACUUUCUUCUUUCAUGCUCAUUCUUCAUACCACUAUUAAUCUUCAAUUUACUGUUGUUUCCGAGCCAUCUACAUACACAAUCAAUCUGAAACACAUUUUCUACUUCACUCCUUCAACCAAUCAUGUCCAGUCCAACCAACAGUGCAGCCAGCAGCCCUAUCAAAUCGAGAAGAACCUCAUCAACCGCAUCAAAUGAGAGUACUCUAAGCCAUCACGAGUUGGAGUACAUGUCUCUACGCGAUGAGAACCUCAGCUACGAAGAUGAUGUUGACUUCCACAUCUUCAUUGAUGCCAUGGACCGCGUCGACUCGCUUGUCACAGAAAGAGUUCCCCGAAGAGGACGAAAGGAGUCAAUAGGCCGUCUGUUCAACGGACUCAACAACAAGCUACGCCGAGACAGCACAUCAACACCGGCAGCAGUACUAGAAUGA